AUGGGUAAUAGGUGGAAAAGAUGGUAUGCAUCGGCUUCAGUUGAGCCCGAGAUUGACUUGCUAUCAACGGCGUUUGGCGUCCCGUCUCGAAGAGAGCUUGAGCGUGCCUCGCAAACACUUACACCGAGACGUGUGUUUCGAUGUGACUCUGAUUCCGAUGAAUCGAGCGACGACGCUCAGUCUGAGGCGUCAGACAAAAGUUCCGAUCAAUCGCCAUCCGAUGGUAGGGUCAGAAAGUCCAACACUAGCGAGGAUGAUCAGUCGCUCAAGGCGACACCCAGCCCUGCGUCGAGAAAGCGACAGCAGACCCAUGGCAACGGUUCAACUUCAAAAAGCCAAAGAAGCACCUUGUCUAAGAAGAUUAAACGUUCUCGCAACAGCAAUCGAAAGAUCGACGACCAACAACGGCAAUCUCCUAGCAAGGUCUCGCGGGCGAAGUCGGUGCCUCCUUCAAAGUCCUCUAGGACAUCCAUCGGAUCACAGCCAGAUCCAAAAUCUUCUCCUCCUCAUGUGGUCAAUGGACACGAACCAAGUGCUCAUCAUACUACUUUGAAUAGUGCAUCCUAUCCGCUGUUUUCAUUAGCCCAGCCGCAGAUACCGAUGCUUACAGCACAAUAUGCGCCUGCAUACGUCUUUCCUCCAAACCCAGAUCCUGCGAUUGUCACGGCAAAGUGUCAAGAUGCGUUGCGACCUCUGAGAAGGCCAAAAUUUCAGAGGCUUCAUAGCCUUCAAGGAGACUUGACCCGGCUUCAACAAGAGCUGACAGAAGAUCCCAGAAACAUAAACCUUCAAAAGGAGGUACAACAGACUCAGUGCGAACUCAAUGAUUUAUUGAACUCGAUCGUGGCACAAAAAGUACAAACCUCGGGAAAGGCGUCGCCGACUAGUAAAACUCUACCGAAAGAUACAAGCAACGGCUCAGAUUUAGCUGCCAACAAAGAGAACGAGGCGCCGCUCAAGAGUCAGCAAUACGCAGAGGCGCGGCCACCAUCUGUACCUAAGGAUAACAAAGAUCGCUCUUUACUUAUAGCUCAUCGUCGGGGUAAUAGUCUUUCUUGCACCAUACGCCAUCAUCUAUGCUCAGGAUGUGGUACCGUGCGGUCACAUACAUUUCAUGAGAAGCAUCCCAUUCGGGAAACACACAAGCCAGUCCUAAAUUUUUGCUCAGCAUGCCGGGAAUCAAGAGUCGAGAAGGGUGUAAUGGACAAGUACCACUUCUGCUUCGGUUGCGGAAAAGUCCGAUCAAAAUCCUUUCAGAAGAAACAUGAGUGUGAGUCAGGUCAGCCUCUUCUUCCAAACUACUGCGCACAGUGUGCUUCUGAUGUUAGAAAGAAGGAGGUAAUGAAUGAUAUGUCUGUCCUGGGAAUAGCUACAUCAGAUAUAGUUCUACGAGCAGAGCAGACAGGCGUCAAGGAGAGCAAAAGUCCGGCUCCCACGACUGACGGAAAUCAGCAGAACUUGGCAAGCAGCAAGCCACGUCUUCAGGGCAAAGCUUCCGUCACCCUAUCUUGUUCAGGCAAUGCAGCAAGGCUACGACUUGACAAUGCUUCACUCUCAAAGAGUGUAUCUGCUCCAGUCAGUCCAGCUGAAUCGUCUCCAUUUUAUCCUGGGCGUAAAUUAGGCUCAGCCCAUCGUCGUGCUCAGAGAGUGCCAACACCGCAUUGCAAUGAGGAGCCUCGUGAAGGGAGCAAUGCUUCCGCCAUCCAAGGAGAGUAUCGGGCUCCAUACGUCGAGGAGGCAAACUCGCCUACAGAACAGAAAAUGUCUGCCUCAUGCUGCAGCAGUAUGGCAAGUUUGGGGAAUCGUAGAAUGAAAACAUGGCACGAUGACAAUGGGAGUUACCUCGAAGUGAUGGACUGCAAUGACGCGUCUUGCCAAACUCCAGAUGUCGGCUAUAAGCGAACCAUGGUCCUACAAUCGACCAACUCUUCAGGUGGGAAGACAGUACGAUGCUGCCCUCCUUCUACCAACCAUGAUCAACAAGCUCGAAUGGCGAGGAGUAACAAGUCCCAACGCAAAGCAAAGGACCCUCCCAGCGCAGCUUCUUCUCGUGAGCAAUCUGGAUUUUCAAAAGGUGUAUUCGGAAAACACACCAAGUUGGAAACCCAUGAUCAGGCCCAGACAUAUCGUCGGCGGUCACCCUUAGCAGAUUUUGAACAUUCUGAUGCAGCAUUCGCCAAUGAAAUCGGACAGCGGCCAGAAUCUGACGCUGAAGCUGCUGAACCACUCGAGGCACUUCCAUUCCGAUCAUCUCGAGGAGCAUUUGGACGCAACCAUAGCCCGACGCAAGCUCGCUUCAGCGUUUUCAACUACAGUCAAACGGACUCUGACGGAUCGGAAUCAAAGAACGCCAACCUACCCGGGGUCUGGCCUACUCCAGGGCCAUCAACGGAAGCAGUCGAUUGCCACGACACUGACGAAUACUCCCACUUGGCAAAACCAAAUUCUGCCGCGUCAUCAUUCUCUUCAGACUCGAAUUGCGGCCAAACUACAAAUAACUUCAAAGCAGACGCCCCCAAUGAGGGAACGUACUCCCGUUCCGUCUUUACGGAUUACUCCCGUUCCACCAACAACCCAUAUUACAAGCCCCGACACCGUCCUGGAUACAACGGCACCAACAGCGACUUUUGCAGCACAUGGGACUGGAAGAGCAAAGUGCGGCAAGGAACCAAGAGCCCAAGAGCUUACCGCCACCAAUUCGACGAUCGUAUGCCGGAACCAAUUGUCGAAGAGCCAGUUUCACCAGCUUCCUCGCCAGUUCAACGAACGAAACUACUUGAAUUCUACAUUACAGACCCAGAGUCCUCCUGUGAAUCAGAUACCGAAUACCCUGGCUCAUCAGCGGGGAGACUGAUCUCCAAUCUCGCGGUUCAUUUCUGA